AUGCCUUCGAAUCCGAGUUGGAAGCUUACUUUUGUUGCAAUUCUAGUGUUGGAGAUGUGGGCAUCUCAAGCCAUAGCUCGUUCAUUGCAAGGCACAUCCAUGGUUGAAAAACCCGCGCAAUGGAUGGCACACUCUGGACGCCAGUAUAAGGAUACUAAUAGCGAGUCAGCAUUGCUAAAAUCCGUGGCUAAACAACCAGUAUCUGUUGCCAUUGAUGCUAGUGGAUCCGACCUCCAGUUCUAUAAGAGUGGAGUUUUCACUGGAGAAUGCGGGACUGAUCUAGACCAUGGCGUUACUGCAGUCGGUUAUGGGACAGCUAGUGAUGGUACUAAGUAUUGGUUAGUUAAGAAUUCCUGGGGAACAAGUUGGGGUGAGAAUGGAUACAUCAGAAUGCAGAGGGACAUUAACGCUGAGGAAGGACUUUGUGGCAUUGCGAUGCAAGCUUCUUAUCCAACUGCUUAA